AUGCAAGAAUUUCGAAGAAUACGCAGCAAUGUUCCGCAGUUGAAUCAUCUUUGUGAUAUCUGCUCGUCCCGAUUCCCUUCUAAAGGUCCAUGGCCAUGGCUUCUCGACUUUCUGUGUACCAAAGAUAUUGACGGCGUAUCAAUUGGAUACACCUCCAUCUUGCAACUUCAGCAGUCUGCCGGAAAAAUGUGCCAUUUUUGUACUCUCCUCCUGGAAGCUAUCCUUCCCGAGAGAAUGAUGAUCGGAUUGGCGAAUGAUGCAGAGCUCGCAGCUAAUAACUGUUUCCAACUUCAAAUGCUGCCUGACAGCGGAAAAUGGAUCCUACGGAUGCGACAUUUAUUGAACAACAAAGUCAAGGAUUUGCUCCUUGUACGAUCCUUGAUAAAAGCAGACAGCGGAUCCUGGACUUUACAGCCAGCAAUUGGGAUCCCUAUGAGUCUCAGCAUUAUCCAGACACAAUCAACAUACAACAUUCACCCUCUUGUAGUUCAGAAAAUCAAGGAAUGGCUCCGAAACUGCCUUAGCCAACACACUGGAUGCCAAGGACUACACUGGGUUGACAAUGUAGUAGAAAAUCCCACAUUCCGGCUGAUUGAUAUCGGUGUAGGUGCUGACUCCAACAUUCACCUCGUUGAUGCACACAGCACUGGAGAGGCCUUGAAAUAUAUCACCCUGAGCUACCGAUGGACGUCAGAGACUGGAAAGACAAGCCUGAAAAGAUCGAAUAAGAAUGGGUUCUACAAAUCAAUCACUAUUCUGGAAUGGCCUGAGAUAUAUACAGACGCUCUAUAUAUCGCGCGACAACUAGAAGUUCGUUAUAUAUGGGUUGACUCUCUUUGUAUUGUGCAAGAUGAUGAGAAGGACUGGGAAAGGCAAGCCGCUCAGAUGGACGCUAUCUACAUGAAUGGAGUAUUGAACCUCGCAGGAAUCGAAGGACAUCGAUGUGCAGGACUUUCAAUGACAAGAAAUCCGCUACGUGUAUCACCAUGCAGCUUGACCAGCCAUUAUUCACCGUCAGACAACACAGAGGAGAAUUGGCUCUGUUUUCGGCCAGACGAUUUCGAAAAGUCUGUCAAUAAAUCUCCAUUAUAUGAAAGGGGUUGGACAUUUCAGGAGCGUGUUUUGUCGAAGCGGACAGUUCACUUUGGUGAUCAACUCUUCUGGGAGUGUUCCUGUCUGCGUGCCUCUGAGGCAUUCCCCCUUGGAAUCGAUCAUCCUGAUCAUUGCGCUGCUGACGAUGCAAUUCUGCGAAUCAAAAAAGAGCUUAGGAGUCAUCAAAGUUCUAGUCAGGAAGAACCAUUCCCUGGUAGUUCGAAACUUCACUUGUUGUGGUCAACUGUCAUACGAAACUACUCAGACACAAAACUGACGAAAUCUAGCGACAGACUUGUUGCUCUGGUAGGGAUUGCCAAUAUUAUUUCACGAUCAUAUGGCGUGAAUAAAAGCGAUUACGCAGCCGGCCUAUGGAAGCCACAUCUCGCACAUCAGCUUCUCUGGGCUCGGAAGCAAGCUCAGUACACAGAUGAAGACACGAAAAUGUCUUCUUGCCUUGUAAAUCACUUUCCUUCAUGGUCUUGGGCCAGUUGUCCAGGCCAAAUGCGUUUUAUGAGCAUAUACACCAUGUUUUCGCGGUCUUUCAUCAAGUUGGAAUAUGAUAACGCUUCCAACGACCACGAUAUGUCGUCAGGCCCAACCAAUCUGGUUAUUAGCGGACGACUCAUGCCUUGUGAAGAGGUUAGAGAUCAGAUAGCAUCAGCGCUAUCAUGCCUCCAACAAUCAGUGACGGUCACAACGGCUGAUGCAAACUUCAAAAAGGCGUUCAAAGUAGAUAUUGAGCUAGAUCGGCCAAUAUCAAGCGCUCUAUCACGACUGCAGCUCCUGCCAGUCCUGCGACCUGUUGGCUCUACUAUAUUUGGCCUUGUUCUUUGUUUCAAGGAGCUCAGCGGGAGUAAUGAUAUCUACAAGCGGCUCGGGGUAUUCUAUUGCGACGUGAAUGCCCUAGAAAACCACCUAGGGCGCUGUUCGGACGUGGAGUUAUCAGGAGACUUGGAAACCAUCUUCGGAACAAAGUCGACAUUUCACCUAGCUUAG